AUGAAUCGGCCACGAAAGAAGAAGGAGUCUUCCCUUCUACACGAGCUGAAGGAGCUGGAGCUAUUGGAGGAAGGAGAGCUAGUGGAUAUCCCAGAGCUUGAAAACGACGAUUUGCUGGAGGAAAACUCGAUGAGUGUCAUUGUCAGGUGUCUGAACCCUACGGUCCAUAAGGUGGGAGGAUUAGUGAAGGCGCUUCCUCCGAUCUGGGGCCUAGAGGACUGCGUAAGAGGAAGAGGAGUAGGUGAGGACAGGGUUCAGUUCAUCUUUCAAAACAACAGAGACCUUCACCAUGUGCUAACUAAAGGCCCAUGGUUUGUAAAUGGCUGGAUAGUCUCUCUUGAUCAAUGGAUCCCUAACCCUGGACCAGAGUUUCUCUGUAGAAUACCCUUCUGGAUCAGAAUAAAAGGUAUUCCGAUUCACCUCCUCAAAAAGCAAGCGGUGGAGAGUCUUAUGGGACCACUGGGGAAGGUGGAAAAAGUGGAACUUCACGCAAAACACUCCUCCUCAGUGGAAUACAUUAGAGCUUUGGUAUGGAUUAAUACGGAGGAACCAAUUCAAUUUCGACGAACGGCGAGAUUCAAAUCAGGGGAAAUUGUUCCAACCGAGCUGGAGUAUGAGAAGCUGCUGAAGGUGUGUUUUACUUGUAAAAGGCUCACGCAUGAUCAACUCUAUUGUCCCUUACAGGUAGGACAAGCGGAGAACCCCCAACUUUCCAGUGAUAGAGGCAGAAGAGAUUCCAGAGUUUUAGGUCCACGGGGGGUGGAUCAGCUGGGGGAAAGAGCCGCCAAACGUAGAGCUCAGGAAGGACACUGCAGCAUAGGAGAUCGUAAGUUGGGAGAUAGAAAAGGAAAGAGUGUGGCAGGGGGCAAUUCACAAGUCUGGAAACCAAAGAAAACUCAGCCAUUGACUCAGAGAGGACAUAGGAGGUCAAAGAGCACAGAAGAGUCGUCAGCUAUUCCAAAAAGUGACAGUCUUUCUCAGGGAAAGAUUAUAUCGGCCUCCUCCUCUGGGGCCAGUCAGGGCUCUCCUUCGGUCUUCAACAGAUUAAGCGGUCUGAAAGAUAACACCCCUAACCUGAUUAUCCCCUCAAGAGAGAUAUCGGAAGCAGACAAGAUUUCUCCCUCGGUGUUUGAAAGAUUGGGAGAGCAAGGGAUAGGUUCACCCUCAGGAAGUAGGAGAGUUUCAUUGAUACCCAGUGGAAAUAAAAGAAGGCGCCUAAGUGGUAGUGAUGAAAGAAACUCUAAGAAGGCGAAACCAAACGGGGAGAGUGAAGAAGUGUCUCCUUCAGUCUUUGAAAGAUUGGGGUCGCACGGAAAAGGCUCUGGAAGUAGAAGUUCAGGGGAGAAGAUUCAUUCUGUCAUUAUGACAGCCAAUGUUACUAACCAUUCUGCUCAGCGGAUAGUGUUAGGAAGCGGUAAAGUUGUUGAAGAAGGGUUGAUGGUUAAUACCAACCCUUCGAAGCAAAUAUGA